AUGGCCACGAGUCUUUGGCUGCUUCGGCUGCUUUGGCUGGUGCCUGGACGUGCCCUGCCUGCGUGGAACCAGGCCAUCGAGAUGUUUCGCGUCACUCGCGCAACCGGGCAGAUUGAGUUCAUUGACAACGGCCUCUAUGAUGGCCCUUCUUCCAAGUUGCCUUUGCAGGUUGUCGCUUUAUUCGGCACAACUUCUGGUGGCAAAUCGACAACCUGCAGAUUCUUGUCCUGUUCUAUGGGAGUUCCCACGAAUUUUCCCAGCUCGACCAUUGGCCCGCAGCACGAGCCCACGCGUGGUCUUUGGGGAUCCCCAGUGGUGGAUGCGGACGGAAAGCACUACAUAAUACUGGACAUUGAGGGCUUCGACAAUAGCGAGCAAGACCAGAAGGUCGCGGAGGCAGUCUUGAAGCUUCUCGCUCUUCUUUCCGAAGUUACCUCUGUGUUCGUCCAGGUCAGGCGCACCCCAACCAUUCAGGCCUCGGACCUCGAGUACAUUGCCUCUUUUGUCUCGCAGGUGCGGAGCACGUUGCUUAAGCGGCCUGUUGCCACGCGGGGAGAUGCAGGACCGAACGACAACUUCCCGGCGCUCCUAAUUGCCCAUGUCAUGCCCGUCCAUCUCAGUCAUGACGAGCAGGAGGCCAAAGCUGUCGAGAUAACGACGCAGGCGCUGGCCGCACAGCCCGAAGUCAUCAAAACAGUCAGUGAGAACUAUAUAGAGCUUGUCCACAAAGAGGGACUUGGGCUCCACUUCGACUAUUUGACCAUCUACGAGCUGCCCAUGUUCGAGAAGCUGCAGCGGCAUAUGGAUACUGCGGAGACACCCGAUGACCUGCUUGAGAAAGUCCGGAAUCUUGUUGACUUUAACAAGGAAGAAAGCUCCCCGAAGUACAAAGCCGGCCAGACUUUUUUGGAUGACAUUGAUCUUCUGAGAGACAAGAUCUGGAACGUCAGCCGAGCUCGAAUCGACGGUCGUGGCCGUGCAAUAACAGCCCAAACAUUUCGGCAGUUGUUAAAGUGGGGUGUUGAGGAGAUGAACAAGAUUGGCCCCUUGAGCAAUGUGUACCUGUGGGAGAAGAUCGCGAUUGACGCUUGCACGAAGCAGCUGCAAGACAAGAUAGAUGCUCUAGAGGCGAGGCUGAAGGCAGUUAUGGAAGGGAAAUCAAGAGGUCUAGCAGAAGCGAUGUCAGAUGCAACGCGCGAGCUGGACGACUUCUUUGACGGGCUGAACCUCAGGCCGAGCGGCAAAGCACGUGAGGCUUGCGAAAGAAUGAAGGCCAGCACCUGGGCGCUGGUAGUUGUCCCCUUCAAAGACCAAGUGCUCCUGGAG